AUGUAUCCGACAAUUACUUUUCAGGUAAUCGGUGACGAGUUUCUGACGGAUCCGUGCAGGCUGGACCAUGAAUGCCGACCAGAAAAGUAUGUCAGAGAGAGAGGAGACAGAGCCGUCUGCGAGAGACUUGCGAAAGUGGGUGAUCGCUCAGUUACGAUGGGAAAGCGUGCUCGGAGGAGUUCCCGCAAAAGCUUCAUGAAUGGCCUACGUUCUGCGCAACCGGACGAGCCGGGAUGGCGCCGAGAAUGGGUAUGGCAUUGUGGCCGACGGGUCUCACAACUUGCAGCCGAAGACCUUGGGGCUGCGCAGCUGUACUGCGUGCACGGUGUCUGCAACCAAGACCUUGAUGUGCCACUGAUGUCCUGCAUAAUGGAAAAGAAAACUGCGUCGCGGUGCUUGCAUUCGAAAAAAGCUGCCAACCAUGCGGCCAAUAAGGUAUUCCCAAAUGCGACUGUUGAAGGAUGUGCCUUCCACCUGGCGCAAGCGUGGAACCACAAAAGAAACCCACCUUUUGGGGCUCCAGAUGUGUAUGAAAGGCACAGUGAUAAGGAUAAACGCGUGGUCAACUGGUGGGAAACGCUAAAAGGUAGCGUGAAUUUUUUUGUUCAUUGUGUGCAAAUUAAUAGUACAUACAUAUCUGCAGGAAUGGUAUUCCUCCCGCAAGAUCUGUGGCCUGAAGUACGAGCACUACGCGGUCCACCGGUGCCGAGUGGCGACUUGCAUGACAGAUGCCAAGAUUUCCUUAACUAUUUGGAAACCACCUGGCUGAGUGGGCCGUUCAAAGAGUUUGUGGUGCAAGUGGAAAGUUGA